GUGGCGGUGUGGCGGUGAGGCGGUGAGGCGGUGGGGCGGCUCCGGGCAGCACAGCGGGGCCCUUGGGGCUGUUUCCCCUCUCCUCUCACAGCGGGCCGCUGGUGAGGGCUCGCUCCGGCCCCCGGUGGGUGUUGCUUGCGGUGGUACCGACUCGCCUUUGGCUCUUCUCGUUGAGGCUUAGCCUCAAAGGCUCCCGUCUCGCCCUCAAGUUAGAACACCGCCUGAAGCUGGUAAACGUGACCAUAACCUUUCCCGGCGACUGCCUUCUAACCAUCUAUUUGGGGCUUGUGCCAGAUGAGGGAGGGACAUGCCUCCGAAGUCAGCUUUGUAAUUGAAGCAGACUUUCUCCCAGCAAGGGUGGAUGAAGGAUGUAACUGUUACUGAAGCAAAUAUUUAAAGGAGGUCUGAUGACAACAAAAGCAAACUUUCCUGUGACAGCAGGAUCCAUAGUUGUCCCUUAUGGGCAUGUGAUUGGAAAUGAGAAGUGGAGAGGAUCAGAGUUAGCCCAAAGGAUACAAGGGAAGAUUAGACUCAUCUUUGAAGAUGGCCUGGGACUUGUGGAUUUUCAUCUUUCAAACAGAACUUGCAUUUUAUAUAUUUCUGAAGCAGAUUUGGUUGCGGGGGAUGAAUUCAAACGGAAACUGGUUCGGUUUAGAAAUGCCAGCACUCUUAGGGGAAUUGUAAUUAUAGAGAAAACCCAAAUAAGUGAUCAGUACUUUUUACCAGUACAAAAGUUUGUUGUGCUAGAACUUGGAAUGGUGUUGCUUCCUGUGGCGAAUCAAGGAGAAGCUUCUCAACUUAUUACUCAGCUAGUCCGGGAACAAAGUAAGGAUCAGAGCAGUAACCCCUUUGUUCGUAAGCAGCGCUCUCAGCUGGCCGAGCCGUCCGUGUUCCGGACUGUGCUGCAGAUUCCAGGGGUUGGAAAGAGCAAAGCUCUGCUUUUGCUGCAGCACUUUAGCAGCAUCCACCACCUUUGCAACGCCUCUGUGGAAGAGCUUGAGCUGGUAGUUGGACAAACGGUAGCGCAACAGAUUCACACUUUUUUAUGUUCCUGACAUGCAUGUGUAGUACUGUUUUGGAAAAUAAAGACUUUUGUUUCUUGUAAAUCAUAAAAUUUUGGUUUUAAUAGUUGCAUAUUAGGACAACUUCUGUAUUCUGGUAACAGCUGGAGGAUGUUGACGUAUUGAUAUUACUCUCCUAUUGCUGCUUAACAGCUGUUCUGCUCAUGCAGAUUGAGCUGUGAAAAGUGCCUUGGAUAGAGGACUGUGAAGUGUUUUACAUCUAUCUUGUACAAAAAACCUGAAAAGCCAUUUGCUUGCUUACUUUUGUCUUCCAGAAAUAAACACCUUGUUAAUA